CGUAAAUCCCGAACACGUGUGCCACGCCUCAGAGCUAGACCAACAUCCACUUCCCGGGGGGGCUUCUUCACUGCAAAUUACCGGUUGAGUUGCCCUGCCUCUUCCCGUACAUGCUAGCGCUGGGUAGUUUGGUCUCUUUUCACCCAACCUGGGAUCAAGACUAUUACAACCGUUCGAUCAAUACAUAAGCGGUUUCAGCUCCAGGCUAUCCAGCAUCAUUCUUCAACCCCAUACUGCAUUUUGAACCUUUACGACAGGCAGACCGGGCGAAAAGAAGAAGAAAUAUAGAAAUUUUGGCAAACAUGAUGGCGACCAGAACCCAAGGAAAGCCCCCGUACCCGCCUUUCACCGAGGAGACGGCGAAGGUCAAGGUGAAAGCGGCCCAGGACGCCUGGAACACCCGGGACCCCGCCAAGGUCAAGCUCGCCUACACGCCCGACUCCGUCUGGCGCAACCGCGACGUGUUCCUGCAGGGGCGCGACGAGAUCGAGGCCUUCCUCACGGCCAAGUGGGCGCGCGAGCAGCGCUACCGGCUGCGCAAGGAGCUGUUCGCCUUCUCGGACGACCGCAUCGCUGUCCAGUUCUGGUACGAGUGGUGGCAGCCCGGCGGCGACGGCGACGGCGAGGGCACGGGCCAGUGGUGGCGCACCUACGGCCUCGAGGACUGGACGUUCGCGCCCGACGGGCUGAUGCGGAAGAGGCAGAUGAGUGGGAACGACGUCAAGAUCAGCGAGGAGGAGAGGUGGUUCAAGGACGGCGUGGAUGUGAACACGGUGCCCAUCUCCGAGAAGCACUGGUGAUCUGGUACCUACCUUAGGUACCUGGUAUAUGGGGGCGAGGCAGGCUAAAGUAGGUGGGGGGCGGAAGAGAAUUUGGCAGAGACGA